CGGCGCUUGGGUGAAUUUUACACACACGCUACUCAGCUAGCUGGCGUGCUCGUCUUCUACGAAGUUCGAACUUUUGGAGUGAGUUUUCAUCUUUUCCAAAGAAGCUAUAGACGGUUUUUAUUGGAUUUUCAAAAUCACUUUCGCCAUCGAAAUCCAUUGGUUUCCUUUGAAGAGCAGGACAUCAGGUGAAAGUCAGGUUUUUGGGUGGAAAGAGAGCCAACACAAUGGAAAGGACACGCCUACUAAGUGUUGCUGUCUGCCUUCUUGCCCUGACAACUCUUUCAAUUGCACAAGAAGAUGCUCCUGGCACCGCUGCCGCAACACAAGACUCGACCAAUCCCCCGGGGACAUCUCCACCAAAGAUAACGGGACAGUCACCUUCCUAUUAUGUGGUAUUAUCAAAAGAGCCGACAGAAAUCGAAUGUGUGGCAGAUGGGACUCCAGCGCCAACGUACCACUGGCAGAAAGACGGUGCAGAUUUGGAAAUCGCAGACCCGUAUUCCCUCAAUGGAGGCAACUUACAAGUGCGACGGCCGGUGGAAGCGACCAAUGGGAUAUACAGAUGUUACGCCACCAAUGCGUAUGGGGUGGCCAUGUCGAACAAGAUCGACUUCCAGAUCGCCUUCACUGAUGCAUUCGUAGACAAGGAGAAGGCCACCUUCAGAUUUAAUGAGGGCGACGUGGCCACCAUCCCCUGCAACCAGCCGGACAGCGUGCCACUUCCCUCCAUCUUCUGGACGGACGAUGCCAAUCCCGGCAACAAGAUCCCCCUGAACAACCGCGUCAGCAUCGACCCCAACUUCAACCUGCGGUUCUCUAACAUCAAUACGACGGAUACCGGCAACUACCAGUGUAACGUCAAGAAUGACAAGAUGCGACUCCAGCUCUUGUCCCCAGUCAAGGAGGUUGUGGUCAUCCCAGUUGAGAAUAUUGAAACCAGGCCAGCCACAUUUGUCUACACUCCGCCAGCUUCAGUGGAUGCCUUCCGCACGGAGAAGCUUCGUCUGAAAUGCAUGGCUGAAGGAUAUCCAACACCAGUUAUCACUUUCACGAAAGACGGCGAGUCGCUGCCUGCCGAUCGCACGUCCUAUGAGAGCUACGGCCAGGAACUGGUCAUCAGUGAUGUUAUGGCGUCAGACGUUGGCUCCUACAUGUGCACGGCUAGCAACGGAGGCGGUACCCCUACCGCUUUCACCAUCACUGUCACUGUAAAGUCAAAACCAUAUUGGGAGAACAAACCAGAGGACACAAACAUUGUGAUCAAUGAGGGCGGUGUGUUAGAUUGCUCAGCUGAGGGCAUCCCGGUUCCCAUGGUAACCUGGCUUAUUAACGGUGUGCCCUUUAAAGAGGCAGAGGCCAAUCCUCGUCUCACCAUCACCGAGGGUAUCGGAGGGGGCAGGGUAGAAUUAACAAAUGCCAUUACGGAGGAUAGUGCCGUCUUCGUGUGUGUAGCAUCCAACGAGUAUGGCGAGAUAUUCGCCAGUGGCUUCGUCAAUGUGGAAUCAAUCCCGGCUGAAAUGACCGAUGCACCCCAGCGGAACCUGAACAGCAUCGAAGGCAGAGCCUUUGACUUGACCUGCGCAGGGCAGGGCUCCCCGAAGCCUACCAUCCAGUGGACAUUUCAAAACAAUCCGAUUGUCCAUGGUGAAUCAAAGUACAGCAUCGUGGAAGAUGGCAAUACGAGAAGCACAACCAGCACUCUGACAGUCACAGGAGUGGGUGUGGAAGAUAGCGGCGACUACAAGUGCAUUAUUGAGAACGGCUUCGCAGCAGUGGAGGCCACAUCAACGGUGAAUGUCAGAAGAGGUACAACAAUUGUCGUGGGUCCAGGGGCUGAGGUGAGUGUAGAGCUGGGUGCAGACGCCAUCAUUGCAUGCGAGGUGGAUCACGAUGCCGCGCUGGAACCCACAGUUACCUGGUCACGUAACGUUGGAGCCGGCGAAGAAGAGCUGGACCUGACGGUGCCGGGCGGACGCUUCCGACGGGCCAAAACUGGCUCGGACAACCUGAAAGUGGUGGCUACUGUCGGGGAGGACACGGGAACGUACAAGUGCAAAGCUGUGACAACUGAAGACGAGGCCUCGGCAUCCACAGAGCUGGUCAUUAAGACUGUGCCUUCCCCUCCGUCUAAACCGAUAGUCAGCAAGCGCUCUGACAUCUCCGAUACCAUGGUUGCUGUGGCGUGGAACAGUGGGGACGACGGCAACUCCCCAAUCACUGAUUACAUUGUCUCGCGCAUGACCAACUUCGCCGACCUUGGCUGGGUAGUUGAGUCCACUGUGCCAGCUGCCUCCACCCAGGCUUCCUUAGACCUCUCCCCCUACGUCACCUACUGGUUCCGCGUGGUGGCCGUCAAUGCUAUCGGAGAGUCUCAGCCCAGCGAGUUGUCUGAUGAGUACACGACUGCAGCCGCAGCUAUAACGGAGACCCCAGAGGAGGUGGGACUUGAAGCCACGGAUCCUGGCAAGUUGAAAGUGACAUGGCCGGAAGUGCACCCGUACGACCAGAACGGCCCCGGAUUCAAGUACGUGGUCAGAUGGAGGGAGGCAGGCACCAGUGAUGACUGGACACCCCACAACAUUGACGACUACAGGACGACCAGCUACGAGAUCGACGGCGGUGAUAUCUACAAAGAGCUGGAGGUGGAGGUGGUGUACGUGAAUGACCUAGGGGAAGGACCAGCCUCAGAAAAGUCAGGUUUCACUGGAGAAGGAACUCCUACGGAAGCACCACAGAAUGUCCAGGUGGUCGCUGACAGUCCGACAGAAGUCGUCAUAACCUGGGAUGAAGUGCCUGCCUCGUCUAUUAACGGCAUGCUCCAGAAGUUCCUGGUUUACUAUACCAUGGUAGAGGCACAGGCCCAGGGCCAGGAGCCUGCCGAGUGCCUGCCCAACACCGACUGUCGUGUGGGCGACCUCACCCCGUACAUGAACUACCAAUUCCGGGUGGCGGUCCGAAACGGUCAACGCGAGGGCGAAAAGUCGGCUCCUGUCUCAUUCCAGAUGCCUGAAGGAGAAUCUGGACCUGUAUAUGAAAUGUCCAUUGUCCCACUGUCCGACCGUAUAAUGGUGAAGUGGGGCAAGCCGGCUUCCCCCAAUGGUGUCAUCAAGGGAUACAACCUCAGCUACAACACCUUCGAUGGCAAUGAUUUGGGAGAGGAGACCAGAGUUCCCAUUGGGGACCCAGAGGCCGAUUCCUACAAGGUGGAGUCUGCACAGCCCGACACCAACUACCGCAUCUCAGUCUACGCCACCAACGGAUAUGGCCUCGGCCAAGCGACCACCCAGGAGAUUAAGACGCGAGUCGGUGGAGAGCCACCCAAGCCUCUUCUUGCCGAUGCCCAGAUCGCGCCAGGAAAGACGUACAUCAAUGUGACCUUUGUCCAAAAGGACGAGGGCGCCGCAGCCAACGAGUUCUACGUUUUGUACAAGGAAGCAAACGACCCAGAGGCAGAAUAUCAGGAGACUAAGCGCGUAGACCUGCUGGAUAAAAGCAUGACCAAUGUACCUGAACUGGAGCCCGGCACAGAGUAUCUGCUGACCAUUGUGGCUGUGAAUGAUGCAGGAGAGGUAUCUGGAGACGAAGAAAAAGUCAAGACACUUGCAGGCGCUGCUCAGAGGGCCUCUCCCAUCUAUGUUCAGGGAUGGUUCAUCGUCCUUCUCAUCAUCAUCGUCGCUCUCCUCUGCAUCCUGCUGGUGCUUUGUAUCCUCAAGAGCCAGAGAGGAGGAAAGUACAAUGUGUCGGAUAAGGAGCAGCAGCGUAAGGGUGACAUAGAGAGCACGCCUCUCAAAGAUGAGGAUGGAUUCGAGGAGUUUGAACCUAGCAAGGAUAAUAAAGAUGGGGAACUGCCACGUGGAUCUCAGGGCAGUCUGCAACCGAGCGAGCCGGGCAGCAGCGACACAGACAGCCUGAAGGAGUAUGCCGACGGCGAGCUGGGCAAGUUCAACGAGGAAGGCUCCUUCAUCGGCCAAUAUGGCGACAAGAAACAACGACCGACUGAUGACACCGAUCAAGGCGGGGCAGCCUACUCAACAUUCGUCUGAGGAAUGAGAACGUGCUCCCCUCCCAUCCCCCAAAAAACCCUUAACCAGUAGCUCAACUAAGUGCUUUGCAGAUGUGUAUCCUGUGGAGAUGAUAUGGAAGAAGGGGGGGUUGUUCUUUUAGUCUCUGCCCGUCCCUUUUUAUCUUUUUUCCAUUUACCUGAACUACUGGAGUAUGCUGUGCUGUGCCGUGGAGGGACGCGUUUGUCUGUCUCUCCUUCAAAAGGGAGACAAUUUUAUUCUUAAAGGUCUUAGAUGAAAUCUGACUAAGCAAGGUCUCAACUGUAAAGUAUUCUCGGUUUCUCACGUAUUCUAAAACUGCAUCUGUCAUUGUGUGUACAUGUAUUUGGUUUUAUCUUAUAAAGGCAAAGUAAAGGUUUGAUUUUGUGUUUCACGUGUUAGUCUUAGCUCCAAAGUAGAUGCAAUGGGACACUAAAGUAACAUUCCUAGAAAUGCCAAAUUGAAAAAAAAGUUUGAGAUUUCCGAUGUCUAAUCCAAAAGUGUUAAAAAUAAAAUCAGUGUUAGAUGUAACAUAUUUUUAAAUUUAUUUUAUUUGUUUCGAUUAUUUUUACUGUUAUAUUCCCGAUAAGAUAUUAAAAGGAAAUGGUUUGUUUUUGUGUGAAAUGCAGCUCUAGUUAAGUACUGAAAAUCCAGUACUGUAAUAUCUAUUGCGAGAUUCAUGUGAUUAUUGCCUUUAGUAGUGGCGUUUUUUAUAGCAGUGUGUGGACACUAUAUGGUGUUGAAUUCCACUUUUUUCCAUUUACAUUUUUGGUGUUGAGAAACCAAUUCCUUCUGUUUUGUAAAAAGUAGCAACAUUUUCUAGAGGACUUUUAUUUUAAAAUUCCGCUUGGCCUUUAGGGGGAUAUUCUUUUAUUUUAAUGUGACGCUCUUAAAGCAAUGUUUAGACUGUUUGCAGUUGAAAUAUUAACCUUCGCAUACUUAUUAGAAUUGUAUUUUAAAACCUGUAUGGUACAAAUGUUAUGACAGCCUUAUCUUUUUUUUAGAGAGAGAUAUUAGCAUCUUCAGCUCAGCCACUGUUGUCAUUUAACUUGAAAUCUUAUUUCCAAACAAUACUGAGUGACUGUUUAGAAAUAUUUGUAGAUAGGCACUUGUUUGUAUGCCAAAACGUGUUGAACUUGUUACAUGUUAGUUACCCUGGAUUUUGGAAAGGUACCCACUGAUUGAAAAGCUGUUACCUUUUGUUGCGGUGAUGGAGGUACAUGUAUUUUUAGAUUUCUUUUGUAACGCUGCACCAUAUAUAAUGUCUAGGGUUAACAUUCAAGCUAGCAGAAUUGUUUGCAAGCAUUGUUUUGUAGGAGGUCCUUUUUAGAUUCCCUGUACAAAGUUGAGAUUCUACCAUGUCUACAUGUACAGGUACCAUGCAACGGUGUGUGACUGGUUUCGAAAUCAAGAUCAUAUAUGAUCAAGUUGUUCUGGAAUGGGCCAACCAACCCAAAGAAGCUUGUUGGCUUUGUGAACACAUCUGCACUAUUACGGGAAAUUGUACCCUAGGGAGACAUCCCCAUAGGAUUGUGCACAAAUUUUGUCCAACUUUAGUGACCCCUGACCCCAAUUUUCUCUUAUCCUACCCCCACGCGAAUAUUGGUAUAUUUAUGAUUUGGACCACAGGCAAUUGAUCUAGCCUAUUUGAGACAUAGAAUUCUGUCUCUGAGGAGUUGAGACAUUAAGGAGAGAUUGAAAUAAUGUCCGGUUUCUCCCUAAGGUAUAACUUAUGACAGAAAACUGUCUCCUUUACCUUAACAUUAACAGGAAUUAAAGAUGUCUUAGGAAAGUUAUUAUUUUGCAAGGUGUUACUGUAUGAGACUUGCAAACAGCCCCGUAUACACUUAUAGCUAAAUGUAGCAAGAGCUUCAAACCUUGUAUGGAGAAUUUGUAGACCUCUAAGGCCAUUUCUUGGAGCAGGUUAGCACACGAUUCUAUUGAGCCAAAACAAAUAUUGCUAAAAUGUCAUGUGAUAUACACUGUAUUAUGCUUGUGACAGUUUCUCUGCUGAUAGUGGCUUUGCAAUGCAGAGUUGCUUAUCGCUAUAUUUUUAAUGAGCUGCUUCAGGCCCUGUUGACUGGUGCGGAGAGCUGUGACAUGUCAACUGAAAGCUUAUUAAAUAGCACCAAGCUGCACUAACAAGAUAUUGGGACAGAAGAAUUUGGUUUGCCCGGCGUUUGAGAAAUGGUAACAUCAUGGAGCGUUGCUAUACUAUUUAUUGAUCAUGAUAAGUCAAACCAGAAUUGUUGAAAGGAUUUGUAAAGCUGUAUUGAUGGAGACAUGAAAAUAAAAACCUUUUUUUUAAUAUUUGAAUACAUUUUAAAAAGUACUUGGUGUCUUGAAACUUCAACAAAAAUUAAACACUUAAAUCUUUCUUCUAAUAAUAAAAAUUGAUUUUGAUGAUGUAAAAAGUAAAGGCCUGUUAGGCAAAUAUGAACGUAACUAAUCGUAGUUUUAGUGUACUCUAUGAAUGGUCAAUGUAGAACUAUAAUGUACUUAGAUUUAGAUGCUGUAUAUUAAAAGAACCACUGUAUAUUGUACUGUGAAGUUACACAGCUUUCUUGCAUGCAGUCAAGAGCGUUCUCAGUGAACGGCAAAACAUUUUUAUGAAUAAAAUUGCGCUGUUUUGAUGUUUGUGUACACUGUAUUAAAUUAAUGACGUUUUAUCCUAACGAACUAGUCGUGAAAAAGCUAGCUUUUAGUAAUGCGUGUGUUCUAUACAUUUAAGCAAAGUUGUAUAAUAUUCGAAAAAGCCCCAUUUGUUGGGCUCCCGUAAUGGGUGCCUCUGGACAAAUUGAAAGGUGUCUAUAUGUUGAAACAUUUGCAAAGUUUGUUUUUCGUUUUGUAGUCUUUUUAAAGGAAUUAUAAUGGUAACACGUGCUUUGUAGAUUUUUUUUAAUUUGUGAUUGAUCUCUGUACUUGCCAAGCUAAAAGUCCAGGCUCACACAAAUAGUUACUUGCAAUCGUAGGAUGUAUUUCCAGUUAGUUACCAAUUCUUAGUGUGUUAAAACCAAAUAUUUUUUUUGUGAUAUUCGGCAGAUUGGCUACGCGUGGAAAUAUAAAUAUUUAGGUUUGUCUUUGAUGAAGAAAUUGUCCCUUUCCCAUGAUGCAAUUGGGUGGUUGUUCGACAACCGUCCGUAAUGGGAACGAUAGGAUGUUAUUUAUCAAUACGCAUGUAUCAUAUUUUGAUUUGUAACUGAAUUAUCUUAUGCUUUAUUAAUUGGUAGCUUUGUAAUUUUAGGUAAAUGUCUACCUUUUUUAAUGAGGUAUGGUUUUGUUGCAUUUUAAGUUGUCUUUUUUUUUUAAACUAAAACCAUUGUAAAUUUAUUAACACUGUCAAUUAUCAGCAUAGAAAACCGCAGUUAGGCCAUCAGCCUCAGUCAACAAUUUUGGCCACCGGUAUCAAAUGAGGGGAAUAAUCGUCAUAGCGAUUUUUGGCAAGGUUUUCAUCUCCAGAGUUGGAAAAUAUGUGAUAGCACUAACGGUGGCAGCUUUUGGGGUGUUAACACCUUUUUUUUUCCAAGAUGUCCAUCAAAAUGCUUGUUACCACUCUAGGGGCGGGACACCUUGCGCAUGAGCACUAUAAUCAUUUAUGCCCUGAUUUGAUACUGGCCAAACCCCCAGGCUGAUGGCCUAAGUUAGAGAAAAGGUAGUUGCGUAUUAUCACCCUUCAUUAAAAUCACAAAUAAAAAAACACCAAAGGGACACAGAAUUGCUAUACAUGAAGGUGAGAAAAUUUGAAAUGUAAUAAAAUUGCAGUUACAGGUUCACUCAUACAUACUCCAGUAACACAGAGCCAUUGCCCUCUAAGAUGGCUGCUACGCAUAAGGUUUAUUGACAUCAGAGCAAUUUUUUUGAAGGUAGUUAUUACUUGGAUAGCAAAAUGUGUACAAAAUUGCUAUAUAUCAGUGUGUCGCUUAUAUAGCUUUUUGGACUGGCUCUUUUUUAAUCAAUUCAAAUAAGUGCUAAUGUAUACAGCUUCAAUAAUUAGUUAUAAAUCCCUGUCAUUGCCACCUAUACUAGUUGUUGCAGAAUCUCCUGUUAAUCAGUACUGUCCAACAUGGCUUUUUUCAUUAUCUGUUGUUGAAAUAAAUCAGUUUAAGAAACAUUA